UUUCUUCUUCUUCCUCAGCUUGUGUUUCUCUUUUUCAAGUGAACACCAAGCUGAGCCUUCUUCUUCUUCUUCAUUUUCUCUUUCAUUUAUAGUUAUGAAAGCUCUCAGUCCUUAUUCUCCUGCGCCCUCCUUCACUACCUUAAUCCGACGUCCCUCCUUUCCCCGUCUUUUACCUUUUCAUUCCGUCGCCGUCCAAUGUGCAUAUGGACCUGAAACUUUCAGCGUCCAGAACGGCGUUGGCCUCUCACGAGCCGAUUGGCAAAGCUCAUGUGCUAUUCUUGCCAGUAAUGUUGUUUCUGAGCAACAAUCUGCGGGUGGAGGCGGUGGUGGAGUUGUUGCGUCGGUUAAUGGUCACAAGACGAAUGUUGAGAAUCUGAAUCUUGUUCCGAUUGGGAAAAUUUCUGAUACCUAUCAAAUAACCAAGCCGCAACCUAAGCCGCUUACGAUUACCGACUUUUCUCCAGCUCCGAUGCACGGUGAGAAGCUUCGUGUGGCUUACCAAGGUGUUCCGGGGGCUUACUCUGAAGCGGCUGCCGGAAAGGCGUAUCCUAAUUGUGAGGCUAUUCCUUGCGAUCAAUUCGAGGUGGCUUUUCAAGCGGUGGAGUUAUGGAUCGCUGAUCGAGCGGUGCUUCCGGUUGAAAACUCUCUUGGCGGUUCGAUCCAUAGAAAUUAUGAUCUCCUGCUUCGUCAUCGGCUACACAUUGUUGGUGAGGUUCAAUUUCCAGUUCACCACUGCCUUCUGGCUCUUCCUGGAGUCCGUAAAGAGUAUUUGAACCGAGUUAUUUCUCAUCCCCAAGCCCUAGCUCAAUGCGAGCUUACUUUGACGAAAUUAGGGCUUAAUGUGACUCGAGAGGCCGUCGACGAUACCGCCGGCGCGGCUGAAUACAUCGCAGCGAACAAUCUCCUCAAUACGGCGGCGAUUGCGAGUGCACGCGCGGCGGAACUGUACGGUCUACAGGUCAUAGCGGAUGGAAUCCAGGACGAUUCGAGUAACGUGACGCGAUUCGUUAUGCUAGCUCGAGAUCCGAUUAUUCCCCGAACAGAUCGGCCGUUCAAAACCAGCAUCGUCUUCGCUCACGAUAAAGGAACAUCCGCGCUAUUCAAGGUACUUUCCGCUUUCGCCUUCCGCAACAUUAGCUUGACGAAGAUCGAAUCCCGGCCACACAGAAAUUGCCCUAUCCGUCUCGUCGACGACGCUAACGUCGGCACUGCCAAGCAUUUCGAGUACAUGUUCUACGUUGAUUUUGAAGCUUCCAUGGCUGAAACUAGAGCACAAAACGCCCUAGCAGAAGUUCAGGAGUUCACAUCCUUCCUUAGAGUCUUGGGAAGUUAUCCAAUGGACAUGACUCCUUGGUCCCCCUCCGGCGGUCAUUAGCAUAACAAAUCACAUAUCGCCGAUCAUAUUUUCUCAACGGCUGGAGAGGAAGAAGAAUAUUCUAGAAUAUUCCCCAAAACCGCCUUCUGUUUGUUUUCCGUUUUUUUCGUUUUGAUCUGAGCCGCCGUAUGAUUGGUGAAAAAGUCUUGGCGGCAGCGUCGAUGGCGGCGGCGGCGGCGAUGGUUGGUAACACGAACAGCGGCGGUGACGGGACUAUGAAAAUUGUAAAAUAAAUAAAUAUAUUUAAUAUACGUAUGUCAUGUGGAUGGAUUUAGAUAUGCGGUUGUGCUUAAAACGACGUUGAAAGUGGCGUUUCGUUCGUACCGUUUGGAGGUGCUCUUUUGUUCGGGAUCAUGUUCUUACGUGGCGUGUUGUGAUUGGGCCCUGCAUAAUAUUAUUCUGACAAUUUUUUUUCUCUUCUGUAGAUUUAUUUUUUUUCUUAGUUUUCUAUUUUUUAGCCGAAUAAAAAUUACUAUUCAGCCUA